AGCGCGCAGUGCUAAUAAUAACUAGUAAUUGGUCAAUUCCUAGCACUAUGUAAACAAGCUACUUACUAAAUGUGUUUAUCUAGUUUAGCAGGGAUCUUUGUGUUCAGUAACGAUAAUUCCUGUAUAUCUACAUCGUCUGUUCACGAAGUUAUUAAUCGCGUCGCUCCUCCCAGCUUCGGUUGCUAACGGGAAUCUUACUUUCACUAUCUGUGAGCUAACCUUCACUGGUGUUGCUCGGUUCGCUGCUCCGCUUGUUUGUCAGAUGUAACGGCAGAGACAUCAUAUUAACAGACUGAUAUAAUAUUCGAUUUCUUGGCCAUGAUGCCUGAGGACGUCUUCUAGUCACCUCUCCCUUGGAGAGAGAGAGCAGUGUGACAUUGACAUUGGACUUGUGCUCCCUGUUCAGUCACACGGACCUGAUCGCACAUUUCUCACCGCCGGAUUGUUGUGAUACCACGAGGGCAAUGUCUCUGGUUUUCCCGCGGCCCAACACCAGCGCAGUUGGCAAAAAGGACAAGCGACUCAUGGCUGAAGUGAACGCAUCCCCGCUCAAGCACUUCGUCACUGCGAAGAAGAAAAUCAACGGCAUUUUCGAACAGCUCGGCGCCUAUAUUAAAGAGAGCUCAAGCUUUCUGGAAGAGACCUACAGCAAUGAGGAACUGGAUCCAGUCACUACAGAGGAGCAGGUGGCCGAGGUACGAGGUUACCUGUCCAAGGUGUCAGGAAUCGGAGAGGUGCUGUCCCGUAGACACAUGAAAGUGGUAUUUUUUGGCAGGACAAGCAACGGAAAAAGCUCAGUAAUCAACGCCAUGCUGUGGGACAAAGUUUUGCCGUCGGGCAUCGGCCACACGACCAACUGCUUCCUGCGGGUGGAGGGGACUGACGGCAACGAUGCGUUCCUGCUUACGGAAGGGUCAGAGGAAAAGAAGAGCGUUAAAACAGUGAAUCAGCUGGCCCAUGCCUUGCAUCAGGACCAGGAGCUGGACGCAGGCAGUCUGGUGUGUGUCAUGUGGCCUAAAGCUAAGUGUGCUCUACUGCGGGAUGACCUGGUACUGGUGGACAGCCCAGGCAUUGACGUCACCACAGAGCUGGACAGCUGGAUCGACAAGUUUUGCCUGGAUGCUGAUGUUUUUGUUUUAGUGGCCAACUCGGAGUCCACACUAAUGCAAACAGAGAAAUCAUUCUUUCACAAGGUGAACGAGCGACUCUCAAGCCCUAACAUUUUUAUCCUGAACAACCGCUGGGACGCCUCGGCCAGCGAGCCGGAGUACAUGGAGGAGGUCCGCCGGCAGCACAUGGACCGCUGCACUAGUUUCCUGGUAGAUGAACUUGGAGUGGUGGACCGAGGGCAGGCCAGCGACAGAAUCUUCUUUGUGUCUGCUAAAGAAGUGCUGCAGGCCCGUGUGCAGAAGGCUCAGGGGAUGCCUGAAGCGGGUGGUGCACUGGCUGAAGGCUUUCAAGCUCGCAUGUUCGAGUUUCAGAACUUUGAGCGUCGAUUUGAAGAGUGCAUCUCCCAGUCAGCGGUAAAGACAAAGUUCGAGCAGCACACCGUGAGGGCCAAGCAGAUCUCAGAAGCCCUGAGACUCAUCAUGGACUCUGUGCAUGUGGCAGCCCAAGAGCAGAGGAUCCACUCAAUGGAGACAAAGGAAGAGCGCGAGGACCGGCUGGAGUUCAUCGAUAAGCAGCUGGAUCUGCUCACCCAGGACUGCAAGAGCAAGAUCAAGAAGAUCACAGAGGAGGUUGAAAAACAGGUGUCGAAUGCAAUGGCCGAAGAGAUCAGGAGACUACACGUGCUGGUAGACGAUUUUCACAUGGACUUUCAUCCCUCGCAGGUGGUUCUGAAACACUACAAGAAUGAGCUUCACAAGCAUAUAGAAGAGGGUCUGGGUAGGAACAUGUCUGAGAGGUGUUCCAAUGCCAUCAGCGCAGCCCUGAACACCACACAGACAGAAAUGAUAGAUGGCCUGAAGCCCUUGCUGCCCACCUCCAUUCAAGAGCAAGUGGAUAAGAUGGCGCCCAGACAGUGCUUCAGUCUCUGCUAUGAUCUCAACUGUGAUAAGCUGUGCAGCGACUUUCAGGAGGACAUCGGCUUCCACUUCUCCUUGGGCUGGACCAUGCUGGUCAAUCGCUUCCUUGGUCCCAAGAACACCCGGCGUGCUCUUAUGGGCUACAACGACCAGGUUCCCAGGCCUUUGGCAAUCACUCCUGUGGGUACUGCCAUGCCUCCCUUCCCACAGGGCGCCAUGACCCAAGAAGAGCUCAUGGUCUCUAUGGUGACGGGACUUGCUUCUCUCACUUCCCGGACGUCUAUGGGAAUCCUAGUCGUCGGAGGAGUCAUCUGGAAGGCGGUAGGUUGGAGGCUUAUUGCUCUGUCAGUGGGGCUCUACGGCCUUCUUUAUGUGUACGAGAGGCUCACGUGGACGACUAAGGCGAAAGAACGAGCCUUCAAGAGGCAGUUCGUAGACUACGCCAGCGAGAAGCUGCAGCUUAUCGUCAGCUACACCGGCUCCAACUGCAGCCACCAAGUCCAGCAGGAGUUGGCAGGCACCUUUAACCAGCUGUGUCAGCAGGUCGAUGUGACGCGACAACAGCUGGAAGAAGAAAUUCGGGACAUGAACCGGAAAAUUGAAAACUUAGACACUCUACAGAGCAAAUCCAAGCUGCUCAGGAACAAAGCUGGCUGGUUGGACAGCGAGCUAAACAUGUUCACCCAACAGUACCUUCAUCAGAGCCGAUAAAGGAAAACAAGUCAGCUUAUUUAACAACAUGACCAAGACCAACACUACUUACUUCUUCUCCUACCUAAAGAGUGCUGCAAGGCACACGCAAAAUACUGAUUUAUUCUGCUUGUACGAAUGCCAAGAUGUUUCAGCCAUGCUUUUACAGAAGAUAGGAGGAGGAUUCAUUAAUUCCAGAUCAGUUUGAAGUCUGAAAUGAAUGUGUUGCUUUUUUUUGCCAUUGUAUGUACGUUUUGCCUGUAAGGAUUCAAAGGUAGUACACUGAACAAAAAAAGGAAGUUUUUUUUUUUUUCUUUAGGCCUUUUUUACUUCAACAAAUAGUGUUAGUUUGAAUUAAGUAUUUAUUUUUUGCAUUAUGAAGGUCUCUGCUGUGGCCUGUGGGAUUUACAGUGAUACUCCUUGCAUGCUAAAAUGCCUUGGCGAAAGAGAAAAGGAGAUCGCAAAUGCUGAAAUCCUUAUCUUCUGUGUGAAUGUUCGUUAUGAAAUGAAUGAGAAGUAGUGUUUCACAGCACAACCCAGGUCUGAUGCUCUUGGGUGAUUUUUAAGAAAUAUAACCAAAGUUAUAUUAGUUAGUGUCUGCAGCGAUGUUGGUUCUCUGUUUUGGUUUACUUGAAAGUGUGGCUCGGUGGCCAGGGAAAACUCUUCACACGGUGAGAUUUUGAACUUAAAUAUAGCACUUUUUAUUCCUGGAUCUUAACCAGGCAUCAAGCAUUAUAAUCUAAUAUCCCCCAAAAAGUGAAAAGGCAGAAAGUAUAAGCUCCCCAUGACGGACAAUUCAACAGCCAGUAUCUGAUUACAAACCAAAGUGUCUAGGCUUUUGUCUGUGAUAUGCACUGUGCGUGGAAAUCACACUGUUAGCAAUGGUUUUAAAAAACAGACCAGCUCGUAACUCAAUGUGAUCUUUGUAGAAAAACAGCUUAGGCAAGACCAAGUUGUUUUGGAGAAAUACACUGAUCAGCCAUAACAUUAAAUUUUGAAAAAAAUAUAAUGUGGUGUAGGUUCCCUGUGACCCACUAAAACAGCUCUGACCCCUCGAGGCAUGGUUCCACCUGCCCUCUUAAUGAUUGCUGUGGUGUCUUGCUCCAGGAUGUUAUAGCAGCAGAUGCCUUAGGUGGCUGGAUCAACAACCUCAAACUCUUUGUCUGCUAAACCCCGUACACAGCAAGCUGUGAUGCACUGAGUGUUCUGAUACUUUCUGAUACCAUCAUGGCCAGAAUUUACCUUUUUUCAGCAAUGAUAAAAAAUUAGCUGAAAAUUGUGAUAGUAGCUUAAUUUUGGGAUCAGACCAGGCUGGCUAGCAUUCGGACCCCACCUUGGAUUCUCAUAAUCCCGUCACCAGUUUAUUGGUAUAUAAUUAAUAAUAGCAUAUAUUAACUUUGAUUAAAAUUAUGGUUGAUCCCACCUUAUGGUCUGUCGGUGUAUUUGUGGUUUCAUUAGACUUUUUUGUUUUACAUUUAGUUAAAGUCUAUUCUUUUUCUUUUUUAAUUUUUGGCUGCUGAACUCCAGCCACAGCAACGUCCAGGAAGUUUUCCCAAACCACCCCACAAAUUGACUUUUGCACAGGCCGCUGGAUUUCUUGCAAACGAUUCGUACCUUUUACGUAUGUAUAAGUAAGCCAUUAUAUUACUGCCGAUUUUUUUUGGUACGGGUUUGGCGUCCAUACUGGUGUUGAUAAGUCAGGUGAGUGAGUGAGUGUGGAGUGGGCCUGUAGAUGGCGAUUGAUUCCAGCAUGUAGUCUUGAUAUUGUGGACUGUGCAGUGGGCAUGGUUUUGUUGCUGCGACCACACUGCAAAACCCUCCAACUGCAUUAUAAUGCAAUCUCAUGUAUAUUUGCGAUGUAUGUACUAAUUACUGAAUCCAAGCUAAAUGAAAUCUCCUUGGUUAUGUUAAAAGACGAAUGGGAACUUGGGGGUUAGGAGUCGGGGGAAAUAUAGGAUCAAACGCUAUAGCAUGUGGUAAAACAUGACAUUGCAGUUGAAGUUUUUGGGCUACUUAUUUAAUAUUAUUUAAAUCACUGAAAUGUCUCUUGGAUUUGCGAUAUAUGUCCGCACUAUGUUUGUCUUACACUGAGAUUAAUAUCAAGUUACUACAUAUAAAAGGCGUAUUUAAUGAACAUUCAGCUCCUACACGUGUACUGAAUGGUGUGUGUGUGUGUGUGUGUGUGUGUGUGUGUGUGUGUGUGUGUGUGUGUGUGUGUGUGAGAGAGAGAGAGAGAGACUCAGCCUUGGCCCAUUGUUGUUUCUGCAUUGUGUUGUGCAUAACGUCAUUCACUUUCAAUUAUAGUUUGUGCCAAGUGUUUUAAGAGAGUUGAAAAUUCUUCAUUAAUUGUGCACUUUACUUUUGCUGCAUUAUUUUUCUUAGCUUUUUUUGUGUCAUGUGUUUAGUAAUUUAACAGAAAGAAAGUACAUUCAUACUAUAGAUUCCAUGUCACUGGUAAUGUAGAGCUGUGCAUGUGUUGAUUAUUGUAACAUGUAUUAUAUUCCACACAUGUAAAACUAAAAUAAAGUUCAUAUCGUUAA